AUGAUACUGCAAGACUCUCCAACGGAAUCUAUAAAAACCCUGGUUGACUCAGGAGCCACUUCAAACUUUAUAUCCCCCACCCUAGUUGAAAAAUUGAAAAUCCCAAAAACCCUACUCAAAAAUCCACGAGUAGUGAGAAUGCUAGAUGGUACCAUUUCCCAGACUGGUCGCAUAUGGCACCAGGUACAACUUGCGGUUUUGGUCAAUGACCACCCCCACACCAUUCCUUUCUUGGUAUGCCCUAUAGGCAACACCCCGGCAAUCCUUGGCAUGACUUGGCUAACAGCAGAAUCUCCCUUAAUCAACUGGCAACAGGGCUUAGUCACCUUCCCUGAGCAAGUCCAGAUUGCAUCCAAAGAAGAGGCCGAUUCAGAUUCCCUUGCAGACCUACCCACGGAGUACCACGAAUUUUCCAGAGUAUUUGGCGAAGAGGAAUUUAAGGUUCUUCCCCCCCACAGGGAAUAUGACAUUGCCAUUGACCUACUUCCCAAUGCCAAACUAUCACCUGGACCUAUUUACGGCAUGACUGAUGCAGAAUCAAAGGCGCUAAAACAACACAUUGACGAGGAAUUGGCAACAGGCAAAAUCCGCCCUAGUACCUCCUCGGCAGGCGCUCCGGUCAUGUUUGUAAAAAAGGCAGAUGGCUCCCUCAGAUUGGUUGUCGAUUACAGGAAGUUGAACGAGGUUACCCACAAAAACGUCUAUCCCCUACCAAGACAGGAUGACCUCAUGGCAAAACUCAGGCACGCUAAGAUCUUCACCAAGUUGGACCUAUGUUGGGGCUACAACAAUGUACGCAUCAAGGAAGGAGAUGAGUGGAAGACGGCCUUCAGAACCAAAUACAGCCUCUUUGAAUACCUAGUCAUGCCAUUCGGCCUCACCAAUGCCCCUGCAGCGUUCCAACAUUUUAUGAACGAUCUAUUCAGGGACCUGAUUGACGUAACCGUGGUAAUCUACCUAGAUGACAUCCUCAUCUUCUCGGAGAAAACCAAAGACCAUCCGGCCCAUGUCAGAGAAGUACUAUCCCGUCUCAUGAAGAACCAACUGUUCUGCAAGUUGUCGAAAUGCCACUUCCACGUGACCACCGUAGAUUACCUUGGUAUUGUCAUCUCCCCGGACGGAUUCUCAAUGGACCAAAAGAAGAUUGAGGCUGUCACCUCUUGGCCCACGCCCAGAACGGUUAAACAGGUUCAGGCCUUCCUAGGAUUUGUGAAUUACCUCAGACGUUUCAUCCCCAGUUUCAGCUUGGUUGCACGCCCCCUCCACAACCUCACCAAAAAGGAAACCCCUUGGUCAUGGGGUAACCUAGAGGAAGAAGCGUUCCAGGAGUUGAAGUCCCUUGUUACCCGGUCGCCUGUUCUCAUUCAUUCUAACCCGGACCUCCCGUACUACCUUGAAACAGACGCAUUGGGAGUAGCCAUGGGAGCCAUACUCAGCCAACAAGGUCCGGAUAAUUGGCUGCAUCCCAUUGCCUACAUGUCAAAAUCCUUCUCAGGAGCCAAAGCAAAUUACAACACCCAUGACAAAGAGCUCCUGGCAAUUAUCAAGGCAUUAGAGGAAUGGCAAAUUUUCCUAGAGGCAACGGACAGACCGAUCCAGGUUUUCACAGAUCAUAGAAACCUGGAAUAUUGGAUGCAGGCACGGACUUUUAACAGAAGGCACGCGCGCUGGCGGAUCUUCCUGAGCGAUUUCAACUUUGAAAUCCACUAUCGCCCAGGGAAACAAUCAGGAAAACCGGAUGCUCUCUCCAGAAGAUCGGAUUACACCAAUAUGACACCAGAGCCCAAAGUCAUGUUGCCCGCAGAAGUCUUUGCCAACACGUCAGAAGAAGAACUGGAAAUUGUCACAGAGAUCCGCGCCAAGCUUAGGGAGGACCCAUCCCUUGAUCCUAUCAUCCAAUUCCUCACAGAAGAUGCGGACAACGCUCCCCCUUCAAUUCGUAAGGCAUACAGAGAUUAUGACUGGGAAGAAGACCUCCUCUGGUACCGCGGUAAACUAGUUGUCCCAGACUCGGAAACCCUGAAGGAACAACUACUCAGGGAGUUCCACGACUCUCCCCUGGCAGGGCACCCUGGACAGCAAAGAACCCUGGAGCUCCUAAGUCGCAACUACUGGUGGCCGGGUAUGAAGUCAUCUGCCAAGGAAUGGGUAGAAUGUUGUCCUACCUGUCAAGCCAAUCGCCGCGCUCACGCCCCUGUCAUUACCCUAAAACCCUUAGAAUCUAAUGGGCACGACGCAAUCUUGGUAGUAAUUGACUCUUUUUCCAAGUUUGGACAUUUCAUCCCAACUUCCAAAAAAGUCACCGCAAAAGGUCUUGCUGACCUGUUCAUUGCUCACGUCUGGAAACUCCAUGGAUUACCUGUCAAAACCAUUUCAGAUCAGGGAACUACCUUCACAGGAAAAUUCUUGAGGGCAUUAUAUCAACGACUUGGGGUCAAACCAGCAUUUUCCUUGGCUUACCACCCAGAAUCAGACGGACAAACGGAAAGGGUCAACCAGUUUAUCAAGUUCUACCUGCGAUCUUACGUUGCAGCCGACCAUUCUGAUUGGGCCGCGUGGUUACCAUUGGCAGAAUAUGCAUACAACAAUGCCAAACAUGCAGCAACCGGGAAAUCACCAUUUGAGCUGGUCUAUGGACAAAACCCAGUCAUGAACCCGUCCAACGUACCAGCCAACAUUCCAGAAGCAGACGCAGUAGCGGAUACACUAGCCCGGGAGUGGAAAGAAGCGGAAUCAGCCCUCCGAAUGAGUAAGGAACGUAUGGCCAGGAGUCAAGGAGUAACACCAGAGUUUUCAAUAGGCAAAAAAGUCUGGCUGGAUGGAAGGAACGUGGACCUUAGGACCAAUUCAAAUAAGCUGGACCCAAAACGCCUUGGUCCUUUCAGGGUCAUAGAAAAAAUCUCCAGCCACGCCUACCGCCUAGAACUACCGGAGACUCUAAAAAUCCACAACGUCUUCUAUGUUGGGCUACUAUCAAAAAGCCACGAGUCACCCAGCCAGCCAUUCCCAGAACAACCCCCUCCUGAAACAAUAGAAGGGGAAGAAGAAUAUGAAGUAGAACAGAUCAUUGAUUCAAAACGUCAACGGGGUAAAUGGUUCUAUUUGAUAAAAUGGAAGGGAUACGGCCCAGAGGACAAUUCCUGGGAACCAGAAGAACUGCUGGAACACAGCCAAGAAGAGAUCAAGCGCUUUAAUCAAGCUAGACUCAGAAAGGCUCGUGACGCCGCCAAGAGCCUUUAA